AUGGAGACAGCGGAGGCGCCGAAGGUGCGAGGCCGGGUCGAUCAGGACCCGUUCACCACCGUGAUGAUCCGCCGGGUGCCUGUGGAAAUGACACCGGACGACCUCGUUGACAUGAUCAACAGGCUGGUGCCAGGCAAGUUCGAUUUCGUCUACAUGCCCUACGACCGCCGCAAGAAGGUCAACAUCGCCCUGGCCUUCAUCAACCUCGUGGACAGCAUCAGUGCCAUGGAGGUGUGCGACUACAUCAACCGCUGCAACACCUGCAGGCAAUGGACAUUGGUGGCUUGCGAAAGCAACGUGCAGAGCCUGAGCUUCAAUAUGACCUACUACACCGCCCGCUUUGGCUUCAGCUCCAUCCAUGAGCCGCAUGCGCCCUGGAUUUUCAAGGACGGUAGGCGUGUGACGAACUCCGAGCUCUCGGAUCUCUACCGAGCCAUACCUAAAUGGGUGUAUGAUGAGGCCGCGGACUUCGUACGCGCUGAGAAGGCCGGGAACAGCAGCAAGGGCGUCCUCCGACGCACCAGGGACCUCGUGUGGAAGCCCGACGUCUUCGCUCCGAAGGGAGGAGCCCCAAGUGCGGAUCGCGCUUGCUCUGGGAAGACUUUCGGCUGCGAUGCAGCGCGGGAGCCGCGCACGGUUGCCGCGGAUCGGCGCGGCAGCAGCAGUGAGUCAACCCGCUCGUCCAGCGGCAGCGACCACAUCGUCGAUCGCGUCGAUCACGCUGUGCGCUGUCCACCUGGGUUGCAUCUCCAAGAAGGUGUGGUGGGCAAACUCCUCGCGCAGCACGGCGCGCUCAUCAUCAGCUGUUGA